AAAUCAUCUAUGAAAUUUAUUUUAAGACUCAAUUGCUUUUCCAUCAAAAGCCAGGCAAAAAAUUGUAGUAAUGAUAUCGUCAAAUAGGAUUGCAUGGAUAUUCCGUUUCUUAAAUUGUUUUAUAUUUCUGACUGCAUCUGGCGUGGAACGACCUGGUGUUCGGAGUUUGUUGACAACAAAGGGUCUUGAUUUUGUUCGUAAACUUGCUUUGCCAAUAAUUUUAAAGAAACUGGAUAAGUUAGAAAUUUCACCUUUUGUUGGCAAUAUUGACUUCUUCGUUGGUAAUGUUAAUUAUAGGUUUGAUAACAUAAAACUGUCUAAAGUUAAAAUUCCAGAAUCUCAUAUAUCAGUGAUUAAUGGGACUGGUGUAUCGGUGGAAGGCACCAAAAUUAUGAUAAAAAUGAAUGAAUUAUGGAGUUAUAAAAUUUCAUCAUGGCCGUUCAUUUCUGAUAAAGGCUCCGCUACAGUUUCUGGCAAAGAAAUAUCUUUAAAUAUUAUACUUGGAGUUUCCAUGGACAAAAAAAAGGAGCUUCAGAUUUCUGCUAAGGAUUGCAGUUUGAACAUUGGUAAUCUUGACAUCAAUUUUAGAGGUGGAGCUAGCUUUUUAUACAACCUUUUCAUGACGUUAAUUAAAGAUCCUCUCAAAGGCCAAAUGGAGGAAAUUAUUUGUCGUACUGCAAUAAAGACUGUUAAUGAUGAAAUCAAUGCUACAUUAAAGACAAUACCAGAUGAAACAAGAAUAUUCAACAAUACUCUGAUCAGUGAUUUUGAGGUCUUACGUUCUCCUCAGUUUCAUGAGAAUGGAAUUGAACUUGAUUAUAAGGGAGAAUUUAUUAACGUGAAAUAUCCUAAAACAUAUCCUUACAAACCAGAAGAACUUCCACCAAUAUCAAACGAGGUUUCAAAGAUGCUGUAUAUGUGGGUUACAGCAUAUACCAUUAAUACUCUGUUUUAUGCAGUGAAUCAAAGUGAAUCACAACAAAACAUGGUUUAUUCAAAAGACUUACCUGACAGUGUUCCUGUCACAUUGAAUACAAAUUAUUUUAUGUUAAUUGCACCACCGUUGUACCAAAAAUAUCCUAACAAAGACAUGGCAUUUGGUGUCCGUGGUACAGCACCAUGUGAAGUUACGCUAAAGCCUAACGAUGGAUCAAUAACAUUGUUUGGACUGAUAACAUUUUACGUCAUACUUGACGACAAUACGCUGGUGGACUGUUUUACGCUUAAUUGGAUUGAAUUAGCUCAUAUUGACGAUGUGCUUAUUUUCCGAAAAGACAACAAUUCUUACAUUGGUGCUAAGAUAUCGAGUAAACGGACUGAUAUCUCAUUAAAAGAAAGUCAAAUUGGAAAUUUCGACCUGACACUGCUCCAAUUUACUAUGGAUGUCCUUUCGCAAUUUAUCAUAGCAAGAUACAUAUCACCAAAAGCUGAAGAAGGUUUUCGAUUACGAAUACCAAAGGGUUUCAACUUGUUAAAUUGUGAUGCAGAAAUCGGAAUGAAUCAUCUCCUGAUUUCCACUGAUUUGGAAUGAAUCAGCAUCGUCAAUAAGUGACAAGUGAAAGAGAAAAUGAUAUUGUUGUUAAAAACAUGAGGAGGAGUUCAACUGAGUUGUUAAAAGGAUGGAGAGGAGACAAAGACAAUAUAGCCUAGCUUAUAUCCGUGAAAAACACGAAUACGAUCUGCUCCAUGCAUGACAACGCUAUAUUUACUCUCGUUUAAUUAUACGUGCAUGUAAUAUGGUAUUUAUACAAAACCUUUGUAUACGUUUGGCUUUGUAAACUUAUCUAAGGAUUGAAUUUAACUUAAUAGAAAUUAUGCAUUAAUCUAAGUGGAUUGACUUUUAUUGUUUACGCCGGUUCGUCCCUGGUUCUGUAUGUUCAUUCUAGAUAUUCUGUGUACAUGCAGGCCUGAAUUGCACGUACU